AUGCUUCAAAAUUACACAAAUUGGAAAUGGCAUGGGGAAUUGGCAGCUGUGCCAACGGCCACUGAAUGUGGGAGUAGUCAUGUGCAAGACUCCCUAGAACAAUACGGUGACUUUCGUGGGAUGUUGCAUGAUUUGUGCCCCACGCAUGGAAUACCACCCGAACCAAUGGACGAAGGUGAAACUGUGCAACAACCGGCUCAAGGUCCGAAUGAUGGUGCACAAAAGUUUUACAAAAUGAUAGAUGAUGUGGACAAAUCUUUAUAUGCUGGGUGUACAAAAUUUAGCAUAUUCUCUGCCAUCGUUGUGUUGUUCCAGUUGAAGACUCUUUGUGGUUGGACGAACAAGUCAUUUACUAUGUUGCUUCAACUCUUGAUGGAUAUGCUCCCUUCUGACGCUAAGUUGCCAAAGGACCAUUAUGAGGCUAAGAAGAUAGUCCGAUAUUUGGGUUUGGGUUAUGAGAAGAUCCAUACUUGUCCCAAUGAUUGUAUGCUAUUUUGGAAGGAGAAUGUUAACCUCGAGGCGUGUCCUUGUUGCAAAGAAAGUAGGUGGAAAACGAAAGAGGCAUCUGUUACAAGUAAUAAUGCCUCAUCUAGUAAGGGAAAGAAAAAAGCUGCAAAGAUCCUACGAUGGUUCCCCUUAAAGCCAAGAUUGCAGCGAUUGUUUUUGUCACCCCACUUGGUUAGUUCUAUGAAAUGGCAUGCUAAUGGUCGUACAGAUGACGGGGUAAUGUGGCAUCCUGCUGACUCAGAUGCAUGGAAAAUGUUUGACACUAUGCAUUUACAGUUCUCGUCUGAGCCUCGUAAUGCCAGACUUGGAUUAGUUGCGGAUGGGUUCAACCCUUUCGAAAUGCUGAAUACUACUCACAACACUUGGCCUGUCAUACUAGUCCCUUACAAUCUCCCGCCUUGGUUGUAUAUGAAACAGUCAUCUUUGAUUCUAUCACUAGUUAUUCCUGAUCCUAAAUUGCCAGGGAUUGCGAUAGAUGUAUACUUGCAACCCUUAGUAGAAGAACUAAGGGAAUUAUGGGAUGUUGGAGUAGAAGCGUACGAUGCAUCUUCAAAAAAUGUAUUCCAAUUGCGUGCAGCAUUGAUGUGGACCGUACAUGAUUUUCUUGCAUACGCAAAUCUGUCGGGUUGGAGUACGAAGGGUAAGUUUGCGUGUCCUUGUUGUGCCUCAGAGACCGACUCGAAAUAUUUAAAAAAUGGCCGCAAAUUCUGUUACAUGGGACAUAGGCGAUGGUUGGGUAGUGACCACGAAUUUCGGAAAGAAGAUACUUUAUUUGAUGGAUCUACUGAUAUGCGAGUGGCUCUUGUGCCACUAGUUGCGUCAGACAUAAUUGUGGACACUGAAAGUUUAGUUACACGUUGUCUGGGAAAGAAAUGUCGAGAAAAAUACAACAAAAGAAAGAGAGGCGAGGCAAACCAAUGUGUUUGGAAGAAGAGAAGUAUUUUUUUCACAUUGCCUUAUUGGAAGAAUCACAAGUUGCGACACAAUCUUGAUGUGAUUUACACGUUGUCUGGGAAAGAAAUGUCGAGAAAAAUACAACAAAAGAAAGAGAGGCGAGGCAAACCAGUGUGUUUGGAAGAAGAGAAGUAUUUUUUUCACAUUGCCUUGGAAGGAUCACAAGUUGCGACACAAUCUUGA